UAGUGCAUGCAGCAGGGGCGGACUGACCAUUUGGAAACUCGGGCACUGCCCGAGGGCCCGGGGUCAGUAGGGGGCCUCAUGAGAUGCCCCUGGUACCUUUUUGAUAGGAUUUUUUGAGUUUGGGCAAGGACACAGGGGCCCCAUGAUCCCUUAUUGCCCGGCGGCCCCAUGAGUUGUCAGUCCGUCCCUGGCAUGCAGUAUUUAUGGUGCAAUGAGUCUGCCCCUGUGAACACUGUAGCAUAAAAACACUCAGCA